CCCCCCCUCAACCCCGGUAUUAUAGUUACUGCUUUGCUUGAGCUGCAGUUGAAGAGGUGGUAGCUUACUGCUGAGGGAUGGGGGUUAGAGAAGCGUGCACCAUCCGACUACCUGUGCGGGAUAUAUGAUGUGCUGUGUGUUAGUUUGAACAUUUAUCCAAAGGAGGAAUGUUUCAUCAUUUCAUGGACACGACCAAUGUUGCGACUUUCACUGAUAGCAUGAAACAAGGAAUUGCACGUGCCAACAACUCUGUUAUGUGAGGAUGGCUUUGUAAAAACCCUGGCUCUUCACAUUCGUCGGGAUUCCCCGCAAUAUUCUCAACAAGAAAGAAAAAAUCCGCAAAAAUGGACAAUGAAAGUGUAGGACAAAGAUACGAGCCUGUCGCCGAGAUUGGCGAAGGUGCUUACGGAAAGGUGUACAAGGCACGAGAUUUGAAGAACGCGGGACGCUUUGUAGCCCUAAAAAGAGUUCGGGUACAGACGGAGGAGGAAGGGAUGCCCCUCUCGACCAUCCGUGAGGUGGCGGUACUGAGGCAACUGGAGGCAUUCGAACACCCCAACGUGGUCAGACUGUUCGAUGUGUGUACUGUGUCUCGGACCGACCGCGAGACCAAGCUGACCCUGGUCUUUGAGCAUGUUGACCAGGACCUGACCACAUACCUGGAGAAAGCCCCUGAUCCUGGGGUGCCACCUGAAACUAUCAAGGAUAUGAUGUACCAGCUGCUGCAGGGGUUGGACUUCCUGCACUCACACCGUGUGGUUCACCGGGACCUGAAACCCCAGAACAUCCUGGUCACCAGCGGAGGACAGAUAAAACUGGCCGACUUCGGUCUUGCCAGAAUAUACAGCUUUCAGAUGGCCCUGACCUCCGUGGUGAGAACCUUACUGUUAUACACCUGUUAUAACCCUCUUAUAAACUGUUAAAACACCAGAAUAUACAGCUUUCAGAUGGCCCUGACCUCCUUGGUGAGCAUUUUAACAUUAUACCAGUACCAAUCUCA